CCCAUCUCUGCGCAUAUUAUUUUCGGAGUUGAGCCACUGACCCAUACAUAAACUGGGAGGUGAACUGGUCUUCCUUUCUCUUUCCGUUUUGUUCAUUCUAGCCCACCCUCUUCAAUACAACACAUUCAUAAUAUCCUCCAUCAAUACAAUCAUCGAACACCAAGAAGACAACGGUGUCUUCCAAACAUCAAGUCACAAUGUCGGAAUUAGACAGCGGAUGCGACUACAGAUCGCCUACUGCCGAACACAUCGAAUAUGCGGCCGACUCGUACUCCUACAAGGCAAACGUCGUGGAGUUGCGGGCCUGUGUCGAGCGGCUAAACGCAGAGGCCAGGACCGCCAACAAGGCUCACGAGGACGAGCUGGAGGCACUCAAAGACGCCCACGCCGUCCGCAUCGCCGAGCUUGGCGACCUGGAGCUCUUGUCGCUGCAGGCCCAGGCCGAGGAGCACGCCCGGGAGAUGCUCCGGCUCAGCAACAAGCACGAGGGGCGGUUGGAGCAAUAUGCCCACGAGGCCAACGUCGUGCAUUGCAACCUGAGGACUUUCAUUGACGACCUCACCGACGAGGUCGGAACGUUGCAGUGGUCGCUCGACGCCUUCGCGGCUGAUCAGCGCGUCAAGGACGAGGAGAUCUCCCGGCUGGCGGCGGAGCUCGUGACUGCGAACUCGCAGAACAGGUCCUACAAGGCCAGUGCCGAGGAGAUGGGCAGCCUGGUGGACGAGCUUGAACAGGUGUGGCUUAGGGACUAUGUUCAGCAUUCGGUCAACAAGGACGCCGAUGAGGAUGCUGAUGAGGAUGCUGAUGACGACGAAUCUGAUGAUGAUGGUGAGCUUGACGACCACUGCACUCACUGCGAGGGCCGCGUUCCAAUGGCGAAAACGAUCUCCGAUCUGGAGCGGGGCUUCGACGAAACACAGAAACUCAACGGAACCUUACGGGCCAAGGUCACAUCGCUGGUAUCUCAACUACAAGAUGCUUUUGAGAAUGGACUCGCAUCCAAGAACGAGUUGAGGGCCGAGGUCACAUCCAUGGGAUCUGAACUAGAAGCUGCUCUCAAAGACCAUGCCACGGCCGAGGUACACCUAAGAGCCGAGAUCGAGAAGCUCGAGCUCAAGAACACCGAGGCUCACAACCAGGCCUACAAGCUGGACCAGCAGGUCAUGCGCCUCGAGGGACAGGUCUCGGCCAAUGCGGUGAAAGAGAGGUUUCUCAACCAGACCAUCGAGGCGAACACUGAUCUGAAGCAGCAGCUCCAGAACGCCAGGUUCGGCAUCGCAGACCGCGACCGCGAGAUCCAGUCCCUCAAGGCCGCCCUCGACGAGUCCAGCAACGCCUGCCAGGCAGCGCGGAACUUGGCCGCAAAGGUGCAGAGGGAGGCCAACUAUGCCAACAGCCGCGCCACAGACGUGGACCAGCAGCUGCGCAGCUGCUCCCGCCGAUUCAACGAGAGCAGCGCCCGAGCCCAGCAGACCAUCCGCGGCCUGCAGGCGCUGCACCAGCAUGACUGCUGGGAUCUGGAAACACAGAUCUCAGACCUCCGAGACACGACGCACAACCUGGGCGCACUAGCCGACUCCCAGAGCAAGACGAUCGAGGUGCUAAAGGACGAGGCUCGCGAGGCUCGGGAGAGCCGCGCCGAGCAGGUCGAGGUGCUCGAGGCGCAGGUUCGAGACCUGAUCUCCGAGAAGGCGAACCUCAAGAUUGAACUCAUGGCAACGCAUAUGCAGCGCGAGGAUUGCCGGCGUGACAUCCGAAACAUGGAGCUGGCCAUCGGAGAGCUGCACGAGGCGCUCGAGCAUUUCACAGGCAAUGCCGAAGUUGUCGAGGAGGAGCCGGUAGAGGUAACUGAGGUGGAUGACUUUGAGGUCAUCGAGAACUACGAGAGCGAGCGGGCUGUGGUCGUAGAUGAUACUUGGGAUACUGCCUCUCUCAUCGAUCAGAUGGACGAUCUGCAGUUUCACGGCGGCCUAGAUGAUAUUGAGGUCCUCGAGGGCUUUGAUCCCUUUCGCCGUCCCCAGUAGUCCAGCAGAUGAACACCUUGUUUUCAGCGUUUGAUUUGGCAAUGGAUGGUAGCCAAUAAUUCCUGCGGGGCAUCUGUUUUGUAGUUUGGUAUCUGAUUUUAACUCACCGCUGGAGAACACGACCCGGCGGCGUGCGUAGUCUGGCAUUUGAUUUCAACCCAUGGAUAACACCCCGCUACUUUGUCAAAAGAUUGCUGCCUGCAUUUUUAGAGCUAGUUUUUAGGAGU